CGCCUCUUCAAUCCGUGACCGAGGCACCGGAAACAGGCGGAGAGGAGUCCGCAGCGGUCCGUACAUCUGUGACCGGCAACGGGGAGUGAACGGCACCGGGCACCGUCGUGUAAAUGUCCGUGUGAAAUAACUUACGUCACUUCGGUUUUCGGACAAGUUUCUCUACAGAUUUUCCUUGUUCUGGAGUAGCACAAUGGACACAGAAGACAUUACGGCGUUGCGGGCAGAGCUUGACCGUGUGUCGGCUGAGUUGCAGGAGACAACGGAGGAAAAGUUCCAGGCUGCUCAGUAUGGGUUGGCCGUGCUAGAGGAGAAUGCCGAGCUGAAGCAGAAGAGUUGUGACCUAGAAACUGAAUGCGAUGCAUUGAAGCUAGAGUUAAAGCAGAUGAAGGAGGCGCUGGCAGAAGCCUACAGCAACCAGAAAAGAACAGCUGCCGAUGGCGAAAGUAGAGAAGAAAGUCUGCUGAAGGAAACGGCCUCCAGGGAAGCAAAGUUUACAGGAAAGAUCGAUGAGCUGCAGAAUGAACUCCGGCAGAUGAAAUCUUUCAUUACCAAUACCUCAGCUGACAACGAGCGUCUCACCUUGGCUGUUCAGAACCUGAAGAAGGAAUGCCAUGACACAGAGAAGGAUAAAGUUCAGCUGCGGGAGGAAAUGAAACAAUGUAAGAUUAGGGAAAUGAGACAAUUGCAAGACCUCUCUGAGUUGGAAGAAGAAAAUAUCUCUCUGCUGAAGCAAGUAUCUGUACUGAAGGAAAACCAGGUGGAUUAUGAAGGGAUAAAGCAUGAGCUAAAAAGACGAGAUGAAGAAAUCGACGUUUUGCAUGGCCAGCUGGAUGAACUGGUGAGGUUAAAGGACAUCGCCGAGCAUCAGCUGGAGGAGGCCCUGGAGUCGCUAAAAAGUGAACGGGAACAAAAAAGCGAACUCCGCAGAGAGUUAUCAAGUUACCUGAGCUACGACUCAAUAGGGAACCUUCAUACACACUUUGAAGACCAAAAUGAAGAAGAAUUUGAUAGCGGCUAUAACUCUGGCGGCCUGAACAAGUCAAAUGGAGACAUCCUGAUGUCCACACCACGUAACAGCGACAUCUUCCAUCCUGGCCCUAAACUAGCGUCCGAUCUCUUCACUGAACUCAGUCUGACCGAAAUCCAGAAACUCAAGCAACAACUAUUGCAGGUUGAUCGGGAGAAGGCCAACAUGGAGAUAAACGUGCAAGAAAUCCGGAGAAAUUUGGAUGCAAUCAGCAAGGACCUACGAAAUGAACAACAGAGGAACGCCGAACUGGUCGAACAAAUGAAGACUCUCCAGAAAAACGGUAAUUCUAGACCCCAUUUUGGGAGCGGAGAUGAAAUGUCACAAUGUACCUGCGGGCAAGAAGGAGCGGAAGUGUCCAGACUGGAGAAAGAGCUGAAAGACAUAAAGCAGAGAUAUGAGAUGUUCGAGAGGAGGUACCAAGAAGAAAAGCAAGAGUGGGAGAUGAACAAGCAGGUGGUGGUCGAGGAGCUUCAUACAUCUGUGAAAUUGGAGAACGACGAUCGGGGACUCUUGUCCGUUCUUCAGGAAGAGUUGAGGACAGCGCGGAGACUGUAUUGCGACUUCCAAUGUAAGCUGAACUUGGCACAAGACGAGCUGCUGUCCUUCAUAGAAGAGCUGGCCCAUCUCUACAACCAUGUCUGCAUGCGCAACAACCUGACGCCCGACCGCGUCAUGCUCGAUUACUACCGGGAUGGUAAAGGCGCAAAGCUACAUUUCAGAAAGAGAAAAUCUUCAGACUUUUUUGGUAAACUUCUGGUAAACCCUGACUUGGACAUGUCUGACCUUCACAGCGGUGAGCACUCGCCUCUGAGCAGCCCUGACUCCUCCAUAGGGUCCGACUUUGGGGACUCUACAAGGGAACCUCUAAGCAUCACCCACCUUAUCGCAGUUGUUAAAGACCAGAUCAAACAUCUGCAGGGCGCCCUCUCUGUGUCCUGGCACCACACGUCUCUGGAAACCAUAACGUCCGAAAUGGACAAGGAGAAAGAGGUUCUGGUGGAAGAGGUCAUGAAGCUGAAAGCUUUGCUGAGCACUAAGCGAGAACAGAUUGCUACCCUGAGGACUGUUCUGAAGGCUAAUAAGCAGACAGCGGAGGUAGCCAUGUCCAACCUGAAAAGCAAAUAUGAGAACGAGAAGGCGCUCAUAUCUGAGACCAUGCUGAAGCUGAGACGCGAGCUCAAGGCCCUGAAGGAGGAUGCGGCUACUUUCUCAUCCAUGCGCUCUGUGUUUGCGAGCAGGUGUGACCAGUAUGUUAACCAGUUAGAGGACAUGCAGCGCCAGCUCGUAGUAGCAGAGGAUGAAAAGAAGACCUUGAAUGCCUUGUUACGGAUGGCUAUCCAACAAAAACUAGCCCUCACUCAGCGUUUGGAAGGACGGGAAGCUGCUCAAGAGACCUCGAAGUCGAGUCGGACAAAAUCUGUCACAAAGGCAAAAACUCGAUCUUCAAAAUCAAAAGUGAACUGAAAGUAGCUUCCGGUUGCUUCCGAUAUCCCAGCCUAAUUCUUCGCCUACACUCCUAUGCACGUGACCACCAGCCUCGAAUACAUUCCCACGUAAAGGACUCUGAAGAGGUCAUGCACAACCAUAACCCGCUUUACUAGCGUCCUGAUGGAGCACAUGUGAUUCCUAUACCUCCUGAAAUUGCCAGUU